AAGAACGUCUGAUACAUUUACACAAAACAAAGUGUUUGGUCUGUCUUGACUCCUGCACGUCUGAUCGAUUAAGAAAGCUACACUUCCGCUCUGUAACAGUAGAUGUGUUUCUACAGCCCAGCCAAUCAGCAGUGCUCCAAUGAACUCUUAAAUGGAUUAGGUGUGCAGGAGCAGAGCUGGAAGAAAAAGCUGCAUCACUUGAGGUGGGAACCUGCAAUCUUGAUGAACCCUUCCUGAGUGCACAAUCAAGAGGAAGAACUGAUGCUGUCUUUUAAACAUGGAGCUAAAGUUGGAGGUUGUUUUGUCGUCCAGCAUCAAACGGAAGAAACCAUGGCCGCGAUUCUGUUGGCUUGGGAAGGAGAAGGAGUCUGUGUUCCUGUUAGAUGACAAACGGAUCAGUGAGAUCAACAUGGUGUCUGGUCGCACCAAGAAGAGGACUCCUAAACUCCACUCUUUGCUCAACAGUGUGGUGACAAUGGCUUCAUCACACAAUGGUAUGUGGCUUUGCGGACUUUUGGUCUCAGGAGAGCUGUUUCUGUGGAACAGGGAUAAAGACUUGUUGAAGACUGCUGCAUCAGUCCCAGAAGUAGUUCAUAUGAUUACUGCCACUCAAUGUAUGCACAGUACAGGGAAUGCCACACGACUGUCUCUCCAGGUUUCAGGGGAUGGGCUGCGUGUGCUCCUAGUAGCCAUAACAGGGCAAGUGUUCCUAUGGGAGUGUAUGAAUGUCAGGGAUUUGACAGGGCUACGAGAUGGCACAGUGAAGGGACACUGGGCGCUUAUACAACCCCUUGAAGACUCCAUUCUGCCUUCUUCACAAGACAAAGAAGCAUCCCAACACACCAUCUUUGUCAGGACAGAGGUUAUGGGUGAUGCCUGCUUAUCAGCCUUUGUUUUCACAUCUGGGAAGAAGCUAAUCAUCACCUGCCUGAAAAUUCAGUGGGAAGAGGGCCAUGUGAGAGUGGGUUCUGUGGGAUACAGCAUACAGUGGGCCACCAAGACAUAUCCCAUGUCUCGUCUCACCCCACCCUGCCAACCAGUGAAGUCCAGAGGGGCCUUGGUGCCAGCCUUCUCCCCAGAUGGCCAACUGUUAGCCAUCGUCCUGAACCAGAGACAGCCUAAGGCUACACAGAUCCUCUUUGUGAGCACACAGAAUUUUGUCUCAGUAUCAAGUGGCCUUGGAGGAUGUGGAAUUAAGAAAAUGGAAAUCCCCUCUAAAUACAUAAGGUCCUACUGGGUGGGCAGUGUGAGCUGGUCACCGGGCGGGCUUUUCCUGGCCUGCGUUCUGAAGAGAGGCUCCCUUCUUAUGGUUUCUCGCCUUGGGGGGCUUCUCACUCUAACAACCUGUGGUUGCAGUGUUGACUUUGGGCCUGCACACUUCCUACCCCUGCACCCUCUCGUCACUUACCGCCCGCCAGUGUCUGCAGGGAAAGGGGAGGCCUCUCUGUCCAGCUCUAGCUUGUCUGUGCGGGAUGUCCUGAGGCAGCGGUAUUCUGUGACCUGGCACCCACGGCUGUUGUAUCUCAUUGUGUCUGAUGGCUACAUGGCCACAGUUAUGAGGGUGCUAGAUAGGCCUUCUUCUGCCCUGUUGCUGAAAACACUUCUAAAGGACGCAAGCAAGGACCUUGAGAAGGCCAGCCGAAUCCUGGAUAAAUCACAGAUUCAUGUGAGGGCAUGGCUAGAGUCCGUAUCUUGCCUGAAUCUUGACAGCAGCCUUGAGGUGUUCAACCCCAUUCUUACACGUGGGCCCAACACCGCAGACUCUGUAAUUUCAGCUGCGACAGAUAGAUCCACUUUGCCAGUUUUCCUGCAGGACCAGGAGACGUUGGGUGGUACCAAGGAGCUUCUUGAAAAAGUGCAGACUUUCUUUGAGGAUGACUCUGAUUUAGAUGGACCUCCUGCUGGUUCUCAUGUGGAGGAUGGCGGUCAUCUGGAGUUUGCUUCAAUGUUUGACACCCUCCACGCCCUGGACACACAGACUGACACUGGACUUGUUACUAGCCCAGAUUAUGAAAAUGACUUUGUUGAAACAGACAGGAAGACUCCUCUUUUUCAUCGUGAACUUGGGAAAAUCCAGAGUAAGCUGUUAACAGCCUGGGCUUUUGGCAUGUCUCUAGGAAAUACUGUAGGAAACAGAGCUCGCCUGCUGAAGCAUAUCCUCUACUGUGUGGUGCGAUUUGCUGCUUUACUCCAUUUGAUCCCCAGCUCCCCGGUCCACACAGGGAAAAAGAACACUUUGAUUUCUACUUGCCACCUGCACCUUCUCAAAGCCCUUCUCUCUUUUCUUCCCUGGGAUAGUACUCACUCAGAUGGGCCACGCUGCCUGGGGCUGGUGGUGGAGCUCAGUGAACGGCUGAUACGCCUCCUGCUGAGCCCUCACCCUGAGUCCCACCAGACUGGUCACUGUCAGUUAUCAUCUCAUAGUCUAUCCACAGUCCUGCUUAUCUUGCAGCUGGUCUCUGAUUCUCUUGACCACACUUACAGCCUGCAGCAAAGAACUGUCUGGUCCUCUGCAGAAAAGGAAUCCCAGCCAUCACAGCUCUGGCCUUCUGAUGUACACCGUGUGCCUCUGUUACAGGGUAAGAAGGAAGAGAAAUCCAGUUUUGUACAUCAGGCACGACCUGUUCCCCAGCGACCAUCCAGCAGAUUGUUGGGAGUGUGGCAGUGGGUCUACAAGAUCACCCAGCAGUAUAUGGAGGAACUGAAGUGCUUUGAAGGCUGUGAUGGCUGGGAAGAGGAACAGCAACAGUUGUCUGUCAUCAUGUCGCAGAUCCAAACAGCUCUGCAGGCUACAGGAGAAAGGCUAGAGGAGCGUCCUGCACUGCUGAGUUACCCUGGUGAACAUCUUUUCCUGUGUGGCUCUUACCCAAUAAGUGCUGAUACAUGGCGGUCACAAAUUUGUGAGGAGAGUAACAAAAGCUGUGAUCGUAGUGUCUUCAAGGAGACACGGCUUUGUCUGGCACUCCUGUACAGUCUCUUAUCCCAGUACCAUCUGAGAGAAGCCCAGGAGUUGGGGGACCACAUGGCCCGCUUGAUCCUGCACAGGGCUGGACACCAGAAGGACAUGACCUGCAUAACAGCAGACUCUCUUCCUUGCCCGUGGCUACCAAUUGAUCUUCAUAGUGACGCAGCUUGUGCCGUGGUUCAGACCCUGGGGAGAUUCAUGGCCUCUUAUUUCUCCAACCAACCCCUCUACAUCCUGCCCCCUCACCAUGUGGCUGUCCUGCCUCCUCUACAUCUACCUCACGCCCCUAGUAUUGGGCGCUUGGUGCCACUGUGCCAGGAGGAGGUGGCUAGAGCAGUGCGACGACAGCAGCUGUCAGAAGUAUGGACAGUAGACUACGCCCAGGACCUGCUCCUGCUAGGGGGUCUGCUUCCUGAGACUGUGUGGUUGGCUUACCAUCUUGGGGACUGGAAGACAGCGGCCUCUCUGAGCCUGGCCUAUACGAAUUACUGCACUGACCACUUUGACUUAACUCGGCUCAGGAGGAGAGAGCUCCACCUCCCAACAGUUUUAGAACCAGAAAGCAUUUUUCAGGUUGAGUUGGAGUGUCUUCUUGGCAAUAAGUCUGACUCCCAAGAGCAUGGAGAUAAAGAUGAUCCUUUGGAAGGAGAGGACUGGGACUUGUUACAGCUUUCCAUACAGGAGAUUCUGAAGGCUUCAGUCAUGGCUGGAGUGAAUGUUAUGUCUUCACCCUUGUCUUCCUUGCUGGACACAGCCAAAGACCUGUGUUCUUGCCUGCCUACCUUGGUGCCCAAUGGACUGUAUCUGCCUUCCCCACCUCUCUAUUGCCCUCAGCCUUCUCCUAACACACAGGACCCAAUAGGGUCAAUAGGGCAGUUUGCAGAAGUUGCAUCACGUCACAAAGUGUCUGGAGUUCUCCAAAGAUUACUUUUACUUCUGAGAUCUGCACGUUGUUGCCAUCCUGCUGCCCAGUGGUACAUCAGCCAUCUGCGCCGUGCCAGACACCUACUACAUAAGAUCAAGAAGAAGUACUCCUAUCCAUCAGCUGCUGAAGAAGAAAAGGCUUUCCCAGAGGGCCUGAUGAAAUUCGUCACCCGUAGUGGCUUCUUCAGACAGGGGCCUAAUAAAGAUGGUCACCUGGACCCUGACAGCAUUCAAACUAUUAUCUGUUUCAGAGAGCUAUGUGGUUUAUGCUGGAUGCUUCAUGUCAGGGACCAGCUCUCCAUUUCCUGCAGGAAAUAUCAGGCCGCCAGACAUAAUGGUAGAGAUGAACAGAUCCCUGGUGGUUCAGAAGUGCGAUCUGCCUGUGUUGAUGCUCUCCGCUGGGCCUGUCGUUUACUGCCUUUCUCUUGCUUCCUCAAUGCUGAGGAGAUCCUCCAAGACAUACUGCUCAGCCUUGUGUCUGAACUUCCUCCUCUCUCUCUGGUGGCAGACACUCUGGUACGAGCCUUCCCAGAGGAGGAGGAGUCUGUCAGAGUUCCUCUGAGAGAAAAGUAUAACUCACUGCUGCAGAGACUGAGGCAAUGCAAUGUCCUCGAAGGGGAAAAAGAGGAGGUGAACGAGUUGAUGAUGAUUGUAAUUCAAGACAAACUCAGGCAGAGGAGAAAACAUCUUGGGCGUUUGCAGAGGCACCUUGGCCCCCCUAAGCUCCAUCUGUGGGAGAAAGAAGAGGAAGAGGAGGACAGGGAAAGCAAACAUGUGAUGGCCAUUUUAAGGCAACUCUCACUGGGUACAAGUCUGAGCACCAGCACCUUAACUGACUGUGGGUUCCCCCCAGUGUGCAGUGAUGGAGACACAGCGGAUAAUACAUCUGAGGCUAUCUCUCCUGAAACGCACAGCAGAGCCAUGACCAGGGGCAAAAAAGCAAAAAAAGUAAGAAACAGAGAACAUGCAAAGAAGACUGCUGUUAAGAUUGAAAGCGUCAUUCAGGAGGAGAGUCACCCAGGCGAUGCCAAGGAGAAGGAGCAGCCCUCACUACCAGUAGUUGGCACCUGGGAGUUUGAGCUGGAAGAUGAAGAGUACCUAAAUUUCCUGGAGCUCUUCCUCAGCUACGUGCUAGAGAAGGAUGGUGCUGAUGGAGGCGACUCAGGCAGUGAACUUCCUUUGUUGAAGGGCUUCUCCUCCCAGCUGAGGGAGAGGGAGUUGCAUUCUCUCACCUUUGACGUGCUCACAACUAUUCAUCGCCGUCAAAGAGAUGUGCACCAUCCAACGAGAAAACACGUGGGCAAUGAUCCUCCAGUGUUCAGAGCUGGCUGCUGCUACAAGCCCAUGAAACAAGGUGCAACAUCCGCGCUGCAAACUUCCUCCAUCUGGAGUGAAGCCCCCGUAUCCAGAACUAGCUUUUCUGUCACCUCUCUUCCUGGGCUGAGAACUGGCAGGCAAAAAGGUUUGUUUGGGCUACGACAGCAGAGCAGUGACUCUUUAGGCCAAAGAAUGAAGGGAGGACUCUUUGGUUCUGAAACUAGCCCUAGUCGAAGUGCCUUUCCCACAGAGCAGCCAUCAGAGAGCUUGAUAUGUGGCUCCUCAACUUCUGUGGAAGCCGUGAUUGAACUGCAGCAGGGCCUGGACCCUAAAUUAGAGGCUCAGUUUCCAGAGCUGGGCAGGCUGCUGGAGUGGAUGGUACGCUGGGCUGAUAGGAGGGUGCUAAUAGGACAUCGUGGCAAAAAGAAGAAAGAGAGGGGAGGAGGGGUUGGAGGAACAGCUGAUGAAGGAGUAGUGAUUCGUGUCAAAGCCUCGGCACCUGCCGUUCUCACUUCCCUUAGCUUGCUGCAGCGCAGGUACACUGCUCUACUCGGGACUGACCACUACAGUGCCCAUAUCCAACUUCCACAAACACAAUGGACUGUGGCCCCUGUGCUGCAACCGGAGGUGGAUAGGAAGCUGGAAAGAGAGAGCAGUGUUGAUACAGGCUACCCUGGAGCAGCCAACACUCCCAUCACUAGUCCUGAUCACAAUCUACAGCAAGGAGAACUGUCCAUUGGUUCUCAUGAACCAGAGGAACUGACAUGUCACAGGACACCUAUUUCUAAUGACCAGGAUCAACUGAUCUUUGAUGCUCAGCAGAGACAAUCCGGUUCACAACAACCAUCUCUCGAUGACUUAGAUGUAACACCUGAAAAAGAAGGUAAAAGUAGUGAUAGUCAGGGCUUGGAAGUGUCAUCCUCUGUUUCCAGUGGGAACAUCUCUGGAAACAUCUGCACGCCUGAAACGAGUUUAAAGCUUGCAGACCUGGACUUCUCAGAAAACACUGAUGACAUGUCCAGUUCCAUCUCUCUUCAUGCUAAGAGCUUACAAGGCCCCCCACACCCAGAGCCCCAAGCUCUUCCUACUGUCCAGCCUGAGGCAGAGCUCGAUGCAGAGCUUUCUGGUUUAACUGGAGUGCUGCUCCCCAACACACCUAUGGAUCCUCCAAGCCUUCAGCCACAAAGCUCUGCGGCUGAUGCACCCGCUGUGGAUUCUACAGCUCCCAAUCAGCCAUUAUCCACUCAGGCUCCGCCAAUGAGACAGCGUCUGGGUGAAGACUUAUUCAGACUGGUUCAGCAUAUCAACUACAUGAGCCUGAUGGAGGUUAUGGGAGCUUCAUUUUCUAACCUGCAACUUGCCCAGCAGAGCUCUUCUUUGGCCCAGUCUAACAUGAACUCCUCACACCCUAAUGUGUCAUCAUCUUAUGCUACCAAUUUCAUCCCUCAACCAAAUGCCUUACCCGUUCAAACCACCAUUUCUGUGGCACCCCAGACAAAAGCGUGUGUGCCAAGUUCAGGAUCAAACAACCCUCAGUUCAGUCAGGUCCCUGCAUGUAUGUUUGCAGACCAGCCUGCCAUACAGAGGUCAGGGAAAACCUCUCCAACAGGCGGCCAGCUUCACACCACCAGGAAUCUCCCCUCCACUGCUAAUGGAGCAGGUGUAAAUUAUCAGGUAUUGCAGCCACUCUCUGUCCAGGCGGUGUCACCAGAAAUCCAGUUUAGGGAGAGCAGGAGGUUAAUCCCACCCUCACAGGGGCUCCUGGCCACUACUGACACCCGCCACGCUAUUCACAGUGCCCCUGUGUUAAUGCCUUCUAAUGUUCCCAUACAAAGUGAACCUGCUCCCCAGGUCUUGGGUCUGAAGUUACUUCAGCUCCACCGUCCUCCAUUGCCCCAGCAGAAUGCCCCACACUAUCAAGGGCCCCAGACGCUGCACACAGCAAACCCUGCAACCAUAGAAUCUCAUCAGCACAAGCUUAAAAACAAUGACCAAUCCGCCUCAAAGAAGACAGAGGAGAAAAAAAGAAAUGAGUUUUCUGUUCCAAAAAGACAACUCGGUUUUAAUUUUCUACAUGAUCCAACUCCCAGGAACUCUCAACCAAAGAUUCAGGCAUCAGAGAGAUCCAGGGGGCAAGAGUUCUCGCUACUUCCUCCUGCUUUACCAGCUCACACACCUGCACCAAUGCAGGGCCUUCGUCUGCUGCACUUUCAGCCUGUUCCACACAGCAAUAUCACGUUCCCCAAACUACCCUUACCAUCUUCCUCCAGGCCUGCUACUGUCAUUACAGCUCCAAGAAGAGAAGCACCUAUGAUCAAGCUUCUACAUAUAGAAUCUGGACCAAAAAUGAUGUUGCCCCUGGCAGCUCCUUCAGCCCAAAUGACCCGUCUGAUCUCCAUGGAGGAGUUGACAAGUUCAGUGAUCGGGAGGCAGAAUGCUGAAGAGGCUCGAUUGCGGUUGCUCAGAGUAGACCCACCUACUGAAAGCACCAGAAGAGCUACCACUUCUCCCAGCUCUAACUCCAGCAAGAGGCAGAAGAGGAGAGAGGAGGCGGCAGGGAGGGCAAGAAAAACAGAGGUCACAUUCAGACUGAAUGAGUCUAUCAUCCUUACACAAGAGCCAACAAAUGAGCCUGUAAAUGAAGAGCCUGCAGCUUCAGAAGAGCUCACUCCUGGACAGGAUGCUGCCAUUCAAUUUGGGUCCUUUGACUCUUUGCUGACUGGUCAGAGAUUAUUGAACAAGGCCGUGUCCACUUCAGCUGAGCUGCAUGCCUUUGCUUCCACAUGUAAAAGACCUCCAGAGUGCCAUGAUGCUUUCACCAACACAGACCCAGCUUGUCCUCCCACACUUGUGGAUAAAGCUGUGUCUGCCUCUGUGACUGCUAGUAGCCCUAAAUCACAAAGUUCAGGGAAUCUGCAGUUUUGCAACGUGCGCCUUAUACAAGACACAGAGGAGACCCCACAGGGACCAAAGAAGAAUCUGGAUCUGGAUGGCCGCAGGUUCAUAAGUGUCUUGGAUCUAGAAGAUAAAACCCUCCAUCAGGAUUUGCCACCCUGUCUCAGCCCAGGAGCACAAGAUGUUUCCUCAGUCCGCCCCUCUUCACCUACUUCUGCUCAGCUUCAUUUACUUGCGACUUCUGUUAUUAGGAGUGCUGCUGCUGCUGCUGAUGAUGAUCCACAACCCCUAGUCACAAUUCCAGAGGAUCUCCCGAAUCCCAUCACUCACACAGAUAUCCCUGAGGAGUCGCCGUCACUCAGCCUCAUUGAACCCAAUAGGGAUCCAGAGAGAAUCACUCCACAAGACAUGGUAGAUCCCUCUGACUCUGAAAUCUGUCGAGCCAUAAAGACCCAGAGCGUCGGACUUCACAGUGCCUCCUCCACACCUCCUACAGUCUGGUUCUCCUCUCGCCUGUCAGAGCUGGACGCUCAGCUGGCUGCUCUACAGAACAUUGCAGACUAUCUGGAGAUAGACUUUUCCAACUCCAGGAUGCUGGUGAACACUAUUGAAAAGCUCACACCAGUCUUGGCUCCGGAUGUGAAGACUACCACAGCAGUAAAAAAAACUGUCAGACUGUCUGUCCCACAGGAAGCAUGGAUACCACAACUGGACACUUUAACUGAACCAAAUGCCUUUGAAGAGGAUGAAGAAAAUCAGGAAGAAGAAUGUGUGCUUCAUAAUGACGAAAGGAAGCCAUCUUUCCGUUAUUCCGCUUCUUCUCACAGUCACAACGUUGGUCCUUCCUACCUUCACACCCCUCCAAAAAUGACUGAAGCAUUUGAGAUAUCUCCUGAAUGGGCAGAUGAGACUGGGUUAUCCGAUACAGCAGAAAUCUUAGACGAGUUGGCGAAGGAAGGGUAUUUAUCCCUGACUGACCUGGAUUUAUCCAAUUCACAGACUGCACACCAUAGCAGUAAUGCGACCCCUUGCAGGCUGGACCAGCAGCAAAGUAGCUGGAUGUCGCAGAAACGUGUCCUUCCAGAGGAUGAGAGGAGAGAGCUGAGGAUCUGGAUGAGAAGGAAACAGAGGGAAAGACUGGCUGUUUAUCAAAAACACAGAGAGAACCUGAGGGAGAAGGAGCACAAACCUUUUUCUACCCCUGGAACAGUGAAAUCAACAAACAAGAAUCGAGCAACCAGAGAGGAAAAAGAAAAGUUCAUGCUCCUGGAGCAAUACAACCAGAGGACCCGUGAAGCCUGUUUUUUGGCCAGUGACUUUUCCACCACUCCUCCAACCCUACGCUGUUCUUCACGGACUGAAGGUUCACCAGUGUCCUUAACUGCACUAUCCAACUCCGCUCCACCCCCUGGUAGCCCUCACAGGGCUUACAGUGUUUCUGCCAAUGAUAAAAGAAGUCUUAAGUCAGGACAAGCUCAACCCCACAUUCGUCCAUGGACUGCUGAGAUGCAGGGACGGCCUUCGGAGGAUCACCGCAGGAGACUGGGACUACACAGACCAGUUACCUCUCUGCCAAGGGACCGUCUGUCUCAGGUGACCAGACGUGGCAUGCUCACUGACGCAAAGAGCCACACUAAACUGCACACAUCCAGCCAGAGUGAGGAACGGCACGUCGGGUACCAGAGAAAGACAGGGCUGAACAAAAGUGCUUCGAGAGAGACGACUGCUGUAGGGAGAGGGAUCCUGAGGGAGCAGACGAGGAUAGAAGAGAGGGAAGAGGUCAACCUUUGGGAGCCUACUUCAGAAUUGAAUAGGCUGCUGGGCCCAAAUGAGUCUAACAUAGUGUUGGCUGGACUGUUGGAUGAGCAGGAUGAUGGUGCCAGAGCUGGUGUGUCAGAGAUGGACUGGCUGGACAACCUUUCUGAGACUGGCAGCAGCAGCCUCAGCAAAAUAGACUGGGCUGCUAUCGAGAGGAUGGUGGCUGCAGAUGAAGCUUGAGCUUGUGUGUCUCAAGGAAGGGAAAAACAAUACCAUGUAGACAUGUAGAUUGUAUAUUACUGGGGGGGAAAAGAUUUUAAGUGCCUUUUGAAUAUACUCUAAAUCAGAAGCAUUUUAAACUAUGAUAAUAGAAAUUACAAUUUAGAUAUAUUUAAUAAAUUAGAUAUGAACAGCAGUGAUAUUAAAUAUGCCAAGACAAAUAAAUUAUAUGUGAUGCAAUCAA